AGAAGAUGAGAGGGAGAGAAAAGGAUGAAAGGACGACUUGGACGAGAGGGUACCUAGCUCCACAAAUUCCACUAGCACUAUUAAUUACAGAGAGGUGCAUGUGAUUGCACCUUUCCCCUUUUGACAAUCCACAACUUCAAAGCAGCUCAUUGAAUGGCCCUACCUUCCAUUAGACAAACACUACCAGAAAAAGCAAAAGGAAGAAAGGGGAAAAAACCUUCUUCCCUAGCACAUAAAGGCAGGGCCAGAGAAAAAGGAGUCCGUGUAACAAAGAAAGAUCGAAAGUCCAAAAUGGAGGACAAGAUGAUGAUGGCGAUGAUGAUGAUCUCAAGAAACCCAGAAAAACCCACAAACCAUUCCAUUUCCGAUCAACAACCCAUCACCACUUCCACUUACCCAAUUACCUGGAAAUUGUACGAGAACCCAUUUUAUUAUCCCAAUCAACCAAUUCCCCAUCAUCAACAAAUACAACAACAACAGAAUCAUAAACAACUUCACCAUCUCCACCUCCCAAUUUCCACUCGUAAAAUCUCUGCAUCUUUCUGGGAUCUGACCUUCAUCAGGCCUGUAAUGGAAUCAGAGCUCGAAACCGCGAAAGCCCAGAUAACCGAAUUGAAGGCCGAGGUCGAAUACGAGCGGAAGGCCCGAAAGAAGAUGGAGUCAGUGAACAAGAAGCUGAACAGAGAGCUGUCUGAGGAGAGGAAAGGGAGAGAGGCAUUGGAGAGAGUGUGUGGAGAACUUGCGAGGGAGAUAUCGGCUGCUAAGGCGGAGAUUAAUCGAAUGAGGAAAGAGAUGGAGGAGGAGAGAAAGAUGCUGCGAAUGGCCGAGGUGUUCAGGGAGGAGCGAGUCCAAAUGAAGCUCGCCGAGGCGAAGAUUCUGCUGGAAGACAAGAUUUCAGAAUUGGAGGAAACUAAACAGAUGCGAACGGAACCAAGUAAUCAAGUGUUAGUAAAUAAUGUGAAGCCAGUUUCGGCAACUACUAAUGCUGCUGAUAUCUUUUCUGUUAAACUAGUUAGAUGUGGUUCCGGUGAGAAGUCAACUUUUAGUGUUGAUAACGGUGGCAGUGGAAUUGCUAAUUCUUUGCCCAUUCAGCGAAGACAGUCGCCGGAAGCCGAAAAUCCGCAUAUCAAGAGAGGGAUAAAAGGGUUCGUCGAAUUUCCGAAAGUGGUGAGAGCCAUUGGGUCGAGAAGUAGGCAUUUGGGUUCGAAAAUGGAGUGUCAAAGGGCUCAGCUAAGGAUACUGCUGAAACAGAAGAACCCAACUCGAUCCAAUGGUCUCAUUAUGAGUUAGUAAGAUUAUCUCUCUUUUAUUUGUCCUUGGUCAGAUUUGAUCCUUGCUUUUGCUAAUUUCUUGUUGUGUUGAGCAAGUUCUGCAAACGGGAGAAUUCCCAGCACCCUUAUGAAUUUGUUUUGGGAGACUCAAGUAAAUAUAUGUUUUUUUUAGUUUGUAUUCGUUAAUUAUGUUUGUAAUAUAUUGAUAUUAUGAUUUGUUUUUUUUGUAAUAUUUUGGUGUAUGAAAUCAGAAAAGUGAGGUUUUGGAUGUGAA